GGCGAUGCGGGGCGGCGGGGGUAGAGAGAUCUUACCGCCCGAAGAUGUCAAGACGCAGCAGCCGACUGCAGGCCAAGCAGCAGCAACAGCUGCCCCUGUCAUGUCAAGAAGAGACUCCACGUGAGCUGCAGGCACCAGAGCAUCUCCAGACCAGGAAAAGGAGAACAGCAGAGCAGGAGAUUAAGAAGAAAGAAGAUGGGAAAGUUGCUAAAAAACAUCAAUAUGAAAUUAAGAGUUGUUGGCCGCCCGCAAUAACAGGAGGCAUCUCACCUUGCAUCAUCAUUGAAACGCCUCACAAAGAAUCAGUAACCACUGACUUCUCAAGGUUCAAAAAAUACAGGUUCAGAAACCUCUUCAUAAAUCCAUCACCUUUGCCUGAACUCACCUGGGGGAAUUCCAAAGAUGUGUGGCUCAACAUCCUGAAGAAGGAGAACCGAUACGCUCACUGCAAACACUUCACUUCGCUACACUCAAGUUUGCAGCCACACAUGAGGUCGAUACUGUUGGACUGGCUUCUAGAGGUAUGUGAGGUGUAUGCACUGCACAGGGAAACCUUCUACCUAGCUCAAGACUUCUUUGACAGAUUCAUGUUGACACAGAAGAACAUUAACAAGAGCAUGCUUCAGCUGAUAGGAAUUACCUCAUUGUUCAUUGCAUCCAAACUUGAGGAAAUCUACGCUCCAAAAAUACAGGAAUUUGCUUAUGUCACUGAUGGUGCUUGCAGUGAAGAUGAUAUUGUGAGAAUGGAACUUAUUAUGUUAAAGGCUUUAAAGUGGGAACUCUGUCCUGUGACAAUCAUCUCCUGGCUGAACCUCUAUCUUCAAGUGGAUGCUCUGAAGGAUGUUCCAAAAGUGCUUCUACCUCAGUAUUCUCAGGAAAAAUUCAUUCAGAUAGCUCAGCUUUUAGACCUGUGUAUUUUGGAUGUGAAUUCUUUAGACUUCCAGUACAGAACACUAGCUGCUGCUGCACUCUGCCACUAUACCUCAACUGAAGUAGUGAAGAAAGCUUCAGGCUUAGAUUGGGACAGCAUUUCAGAAUGUGUAGAGUGGAUGGUUCCAUUUGUGAACGUGGCGAAGAAAGUCUCUGUGAAACUGAAGCAUUUCAAGAAGGUUGCAGUAGAAGACUGCCACAAUAUCCAAACACACACAAACUACUUGGACAUGCUGGAAGAAGUUAAUAGUGGAGUAGCAGCUACUGCCCCAGGUCAGUUAUCACCUGUAUCAACAGCAGGAAUAAUAACUCCUCCCAAGAGCACAGAGAAGAAAUGAAAUUUGGACAGCAAUCCUUAUGGACAGUUUAAGAAAAAAGACCAGGUGCUUCAGAACAAGACCAUACUAAGGGUGACUCACUUCAAUGAUCUUUACUGCUAUUCAAGACGUGAGCAGUAAGGGAUGCAUCAGAGUGGCGGAUGGAACUGAUAGCAGCAUCUUCCUUGAGACUUGAUCAAAGAACUCAGACCAAGCAUCCCUCCCUGUGUCAUCGCAGGAGCGUGGGCUACUCGAGUCCCUUCUCAAACGACUUAUGUAGCUCAACUCUCUGAACAUUCCUAACUUAUGAAUUUCAGGAACAUGUUUUGAAACGGCUGAGUGGCAAGGGUUGUCCACUCAGUGUGUCAAUGUGCUUUAAUGUGGGAUAGCCACACGUGAGACCUUGGUGCCAGCAUGUACGUAUUACCUCUUCUUGACCUUUCUUUUCUCCAGGAGCUUACUGCCUGUAAGUUAGUCAGCUUAUGAGCUCAGGUGCAGUAUUACAGAGGUCAGUGAGUAAACAGUUUACAUUUCUGAAACCACUGUGCCCUCACAUUAAGGCAGGGCCAGCCCUGUUUCAAAUCUUAGCUUCCUCAGGAGGUCAGUAGCUCCUGUUUAGGGCUGCCAUAGACUUCAGUUCCCAUGAAUCGCUGACCUCAGGUAAGAGUACAAACAGAACAAUGCUGCUGAAGUAAUCUUAACUGGAUGCAGUACAGUCUUGGAAGGAAGGAGUUCUAUUUCAUAAGAUUCAGUCACCAGCUUUCAAUAGGUAAGAACAUAAUGAGCAACAAGCUGUUUUUCCUACCCUUUCCCAUUUUGGUUCUCUACAACCACUCAAAUCCUGCCAGCAGUGUUAAGAAGCAACUGUGUUCCUAACCAGCAUUAACUACUG